UUCCAUUUCCUAUCUCAGUUUCCUCUCUUCUUUCGUCACUUUCUUCUUGCAACUUCUUCAACUCUUUUUAGCUUCAAAUUCACACCAUUUGUACGAAAAAUUGAUACCAAAGCGAGAUCGAUCGAGAUGAUGGAGAGAUCGUCACAACGAACUCUCUUCCUCAGUGUAUUUCUUCUGAUUUCGGCCUCGGCUGAUGCAUAUGUUAAGUCGGUUUUUGUGUUCGGGGACUCUCUUUUUGAUCCGGGUAACAAUCAUUAUGUACCUAAUUGCACCGUUCAGGCCGAUUUUCCACCUUACGGUUCGACUUUCUUUCACCGUCCCACCGGACGGUUCACCAAUGGUCGAACCGUUGCGGAUUUCAUGGCACAAAAUUUGAAGAUUAAGUUCCAAAGACCAUUCCAAGAGGUAUACCGUGAAUUAGCAAACGGAAAUCUGAAACGUUUUCCGGCCAACGGAAUCAACUUCGCCAGUGCCGGAAGUGGAGUUUUGCCGGAUACAAGCAAGGAUUCAAGGGCGACACCAAUACAAGUUCAGUUGCAACAAUUCCAAGCUCUAAUUCGUCAAAAGCAUUUACGCCGAAAACAAAUAAAAAAAUCCCUUAUUUUUCUCGAGUCGGGUUCAAAUGAUAUAUUUACCUAUUUAUCAUAUCCUGAUACACCACCGCUAACCCCGACAGCCUACGUACACGCCAUGUUGAAAGAAGUGGUCUGCUUCCUCGACCAGAUAUACAAACUUGGUUCUCGUAGGAUUGCCCUCUUCUCAGUUGGUCCUAUUGGGUGUAUUCCUGCCAGAGUCCUUUUGCCGGGUGCAUCUCCUGAGAAAUGUUUUAGUAGGUUGAACAAGAUGGUGAGAUAUUACAAUGUUGGUUUGGAACAUCUGGCAUACACCAUACCUAUAAGGUAUCCUGGUGCAGUCGGUGUUUAUGGAGCAGUGUACAACACUAUAGAAGACUUUCGUGCCAAUGGAAAUCUUUACGGUUUUGCGAAUGUAAAUGAGGCAUGUUGUGGGAAUGGACCCCUAAAUGGAAUGCUUCAAUGCGGAUUAGAAGGUUACAAGAUAUGUUCGAAUCCUAAUGAGUUCCUUUUUUGGGAUUAUUUUCAUCCGUCAGAGCGUACGUAUGGGCUUGUGUCCAAUGCUAUGUGGGCCGGAAAUCAAAAUCAAAUUCGGCCCAUUAAUUUGAAGACGUUGGCCCAAAAUCGAAUCCGCCCCAUCGAUUUAAAAACUUGGGCCUCCAAUAAUACCUUGCCAUUCCCUUGA